AUGGCGGGCUCCGGGGACUUGAUCAAUUUCGACUUGAUCGAGACACAAAAGGAGAAUAUCCAGUCCUUGCCCAGCGGCAGAUCAGCAAAGGCCUUGGUAGCGGCAUUCUCUCCCCUCAGUGGCAAGUACUCAUCACCCAGCCUCGAUGAUACACAAUCCGUAAACGACGCGGUGCGAAAAGAGUACGAAAAAGAACUCGAAACCAUCAACGAAUCGGAUGACCCCCUCGACGUGUUCGACCGAUAUGUCAAAUGGACCCUUGACGCUUACCCAUCGGCACAAGCGACCACAAAAUCUGGCUUGCUCCCGUUACUGGAGCGAGCUACGAGGGCAUUUCUUUCGUCAAGUCAUUAUAAGAACGACCCGCGGUAUUUACGCCUAUGGCUGCACUACAUACGGUUAUUCUCAGAUUCCCCACGGGAAACGUUUGCGUUUUUAUCCCGUCAUGAGGUUGGCCAAGGUCUAGCUUUGUUUUACGAAGAGUUUGCAGGCUGGCUUGAGGGCGCCGGACGUUUUGCUCAAGCGGAGGAGGUGUACAAGAUGGGUUUGGAACGAGAGGCGCGGCCAAUGGAAAGGUUAUUGCGGAAGUUUGGGGAUUUUCAGAAGAGAAUGGAACAACAGCCGAGAACUUUGGAUGAACCGUCGUCGCCGGCCCUGCCUACUGUUCGGCCUGCGCUGGUAGCCAAGGUUGAUCCUUUUGCGACCGCAAGACCGCCGACAGAAAAUCCACAAGAAGCGAGAAGAGCUAGAGGAGGCGUUGGAAGCGGGGCGAAACCUAAGAGUGGGAAGCAGAAAAUGGCGAUCUUUAACGACGCAGAAGCUGGUGCUCCCGAACAAAGCCCUGUAACGGGCCGGACAAAGGGGUGGGAUAACAUUGGAUCGAUCCAGGAAAGGAAAAAGGAAAAUAUAAUCGAACCGCGACCAUGGGCUGGUGAAACACUGAAAGCUGGAAAGAAAGCAAACCCGACACAAAAGAUGGCGGUAUUCAGGGAUCCGGACUAA